AACAUGGUCGUCGUAAGGAGGAGGAACGUGAAAGUGUUUACCUUCGCCUUUUUGCUCAUCACGGUAACGUCAUUUCUGCUGAACUACACCCACCAGGUGACCACAACCACCUGGGAUCUGAGACAUCUCAUCAUGCAGUUUUCAGAGCAAGUCCAGAAACUCUUCAAGUACCCCAGGAGACCGUGCAGCUGUCGCACCUGCAUUUCUGAGCUGGGACAUUCCCUCUGGUUCGAUCAGAGGUUUAAUUCAACUAUGCAACCUCUCCUGACCUCACAAAAUGCCUUGAUCCCAGAAGACAGCUACAGGUGGUGGCUGAAAUUGCAAGGAGAGAGAACUCCAAAGAAUAUCAAUGCUACUCUCAAGGAAUUGUUUGAGAUCAUUCCUGGGGAUAGGGAUCCGCUGCAGGAACGAGACACUUACACGUGCAGACGAUGCGCCGUCGUGGGCAACUCCGGCAACCUUCUACAGUCUCAGUAUGGCGAAGAUAUUGACUCGCAUGACUUUGUGCUCAGAAUGAACCGUGCCCCCACCACUGGCUAUGAAUCAGAUGUUGGGAGCAAGACCACUCAUCACUUCGUUUACCCCGAGAGCUACAAGGAGCUGGCAGAAAAUGUGAGCAUGAUCCUGAUCCCCUUCAAAACCCUGGACCUGCGCUGGGUGGUCACUGCUCUCACCACAGGCACCAUCAACUUCACUUAUAUUCCAGUUCCACGGAAAAUCAAAGUCAAAAAAGAAAAGAUCCUGGUUUAUAAUCCAGCUUUUAUGAAAUACGUCUAUGAAAACUGGCUCCAGAAUCAUGGGAGAUACCCCUCCACAGGCUUUCUGUCAUUGAUAUUUGCACUCCAUUUAUGCGAUGAGGUGAAUGUGUACGGUUUUGGAGCAGACAGCAAAGGACAUUGGCAUCACUAUUGGGAAAAUAACGCUUCAGCUGGGGCUUUCCGGAAGACAGGUGUCCAUGACGGGGAUUGUGAGUUCAAUGUAACUUUGACUCUUGCCUCCAUCGAAAAAAUAAACUUUUUCAAGGGCAGAUGACCUUGAAAGGCCACGGGGAGAAGUGCAGGCUGCAACUUCCAACACGCAGCAGAACAAAGCUCAGUGAGGAUGAUCUGGGCACCAGCCAGGUUUGAAUGCAUGGAUCUGCGGUGGAUUCGGAGCGUCUCACUGCUGCAAUGCUCACCACAGGGAGCUCGGCUGAGGACCGGCUUCCAGGCUGCACAUCAUUUCCUAUCUGCAGAUAGCUUGGAACUACCAGCUGUGGGAAUAAAUGAAUCUCUGCUUAAGCUCUACAGCUUCAUUUCUGAAUUACUGAUGAAAGAUCUGCCUGUUGCAA